AAUUUGAGGAUGAAGUUGUUGGCAGGUUUGUCUCUUCUCCUGAUAACUAUAUCAGCUGGUCCUACUCCUGAAUACCAAGCUGGAGACCAACCAGACACCCCUGACUCCCAGACCAAACAAUGGAAGCAGAAUAAAAAUAAGAACAACGUAGAUGAGCCAGCAGAAGCACAUAAAGUACCAGAGACUAAGAAAAACUCUACCCAAACCCCAACUGUGAACACAAAUGACAAGCCGGCCGGUAACAGUACUACCGCCCCGGAAAUUCACUGCAGCAGCCUGGUCUCCUCCAUUGCCAGCAGCGGGAUCACCCAGAACUGCACUGUCCACGAGGAUUGUAUGGGAGCUUGCUGCAAGCUGACCCUGCUUGCUCACGAGAUGUCUUAUAACUUCUCUGUGAAACCUUGCGAGAGUCCGUCAGUGCAGAUCGAGUUCAAUGUCACUGACAUUGAGGGAGCAACAAUCAAGAAAGACUACAAGACUUCAGACUCAGUGACGAUACCCAAGGGAAACAUGAGUUACGCGGGGAUAUACGAGACUGAGUCCAGUCUGGAUAUUGUUCUAGAGAAGGUUCUAGACAUCACUCACUUCAGGCUCGAUUUUGGAGUGCACUACCGAGUGCUGAAGAAGGACCCUCUGAAGUCUCUCUUCACUCACACACUGAUACCCAUGCUCACACUGCAGUUCUCUAAAGAUCUUUGUGUCAUCCCUACAGAACCACCCGCCACGGAGCCAAUGAGCAAUGGUGACCAAGACGAAAAGUAUUUCGGAGUGAUACCCAAGGAGUACGUCAAGGACAAGACCAAGCUGGCUCUGGUGGGCACUAUCGUAGCACUUGCAGUGGUUGUUCUCAUCGGAUUGAUAUACUUCAUUGUUGCCAAGAAACGGGCUGAAGGAAAUUUCUACAGAACGUACGUAUCAACGGACGAAAACAGGCACCUCACCAAAGGAAACGAUGGAUUCGAACCAUUGGACGACUCAGACAUCGAUUGAAGGGGUCAAUUCUCAUAAAUGUUUUAUCUAAAAAUGAGUAGGAUUGCUGGCUCAGUCCGAGAUUUUUAAAUAUUCAGAUAUAUUUCCGGUUCAGACGUGAUUGUUGAUAAAGAUAUAUUUAUUCUUGAUUUUCUUUUUAUCUAAUGAAACUCUGAGGGAGCGAAAUGUUACAUAAUUGAAUGUCGGAGAUGAGAAAAUUGAGUGAUUAUGUUUUCACUGGAAAGCUCUCCGAAAACUUUUGAUGCAUUGCAAUCAAUUUGAUGUUAUUACUAUUAGGGUACUUUAGAAUUAGAAAUGUUGAGAAUUUUAUCAA